AUGGACGAGUACAGGCACACACACGGGCGCACACAGACUUGGAACCUAAUGAGCCAAGCGCCGGGGAAGCAUGUGCUGAUACUCGCUAGGAGUGACCUUGCCAAUACGGGUUUGAUGUUUACAGCACAAGGGCAACAAUGGCUCUUGAAAACAAACAAAGACAAGAAAAAACUUGUGCGUGCCUACACACCCUCUUAUCUGCACCUGGCCCUGCAGUCAGCCGGACGGACAUGCUAUACGUACAUAAGAAUAUACGAUUUGCAGCCAGGGGCGGACGUCAUUCGGAAAGAAAUUUGGCAGGCGGGGAGGCAAGCGGGAGGAGAAAAGAAAAAAAGAGAUAAAAGCAUGCAGCAAAGAGUGGAUGCACCAGGCCACAACGAGCAAACCGCAAAAGCUGAAGCUCUGGCGAGCAACCGCACGGAUCAGUCCGUCUAG